AACAUAGUUCCGAAAGGGGAAUAAAAUACCUCUAUCGAGUUUCUUCUCUUCGCUAACUAACAAUACAAUCAACGACCUUUCUCUGCAUUCUUGUUCCCUCCAUUCAUCUAACCCUAUUCGCUUCAUUACACAAUAUCUUCUUCUCCUCUCGCUUCAAUUUUCUAAUCCUUUUAUUUUUCAAAGUUGAUUUUGCAGGUUGCUUUAAUGGGGAAAUCCUCUACUUCACUCAAAAAGAAACAUUCCAAAAUUUCCUCUAAGUCAAAGUCAAGCAGUAGGAGUAAGAAUAGAAAAUCUAAAUCAAAGAAGGUUCGCCGCCAUGAGGUUUCUCUUUCUAGCUCAGACUAUGAGGAUUCAAAAAAUAUGGACAUAUCGGUGUCUUCUAGUUCUGAAGAUAGGUCUAAAAGAAAAAGGGAUCGGUCUCGCACAAGAAAAGAUGUGAAAAGUCGUAAGAAGAGGCUUCGGAGACGUUCAUGUAGCAGUGACAGCAGUGAGGACUCUCUCUUUGCCAGGAAGAGAAAAAAGGUGAAGAGGAAAAACAAGUAUGAUGAGACGAGGGAGAAAUCCCGUAGGAAGAAAAAGGUUAAGACAGAAGCAAGUGUUAAUUCGGUGAGCAGUGGAUCACGAAGCUGCUCAAUAUGUCCGGCAGGGAUUGACAGCAAUGAUAAUGUUGAAUAUGAGCGCUCCAGGGGAAGAACGGAGAGAAAGGAAAAAGACAAAAGACAGUUGAGGGGAAGAAGUGGAAGUGCAAAGAGUAGUAGAUAUAGGGCUAGGAGUUGUUCUCCUUGCAGUAGUCCCCACGGUGAAUGUAAUUAUGGAGGGACUGAAGAGAAAUAUGUGCCCGAGAACAAAACGAGGUGGCUCCGGUCAGUUAUUACUGUUGUAAACGAAGGGGAUGAAUCUAGGCAAUUGUCUGGAAAUGAAACCAAAGAGGAAAUUGUAGAUGAUCUUGACUACCCUUGUAGAAGUAAUGACAGUAACGAUCAUGGCUCAAACAGGGAGUUGGAUCAUCAUCAAUCACAUCGUGCACCAGAAGAGGAAUUGAGGGCCAAGGAUGAUACAGGAGAUGUGAAUGGUGAUGUUAACUUCACAGAGCCCAAACUUAGUGGUAUGAGCAGCCUUGAAGUUUGUGCCGGGACAAAUGAAUCUAUAAAGGAGGAAACAAAUGAUGUUUCUGGUGUUCUGAAUGAUGUUGAUUUGGAGUUAAUUCUUAGACAAAGAGCUUUGGAAAAUUUAAGAAAGUUCCGAGGUCAAGUCCAGUCCCACGCAAAAGCUUCUGAACAGGAAAAUAAAAUUGUCAGCCAAAUGAAGCAACCAAUCACCGAGAAAGAGGAACUGGUUCAAGAUAAACCUAAUAUCAGUAAUGUUGCUAUAUUGGCGACAAAAUUUGGUAAGCAAACACCUGUAGAAGAAACUAGUUUGCCUGUUGGUAGGAGAAAUUUAGUUACUUAUCCGAAAAUCGACGGAGGGAAUUUGAAUGUGGAUAAAGAAAUGUCUGGUUCUGCUAAGAUUCAAAUGGCUAGUGCACCAGAAAAAGUGGUUGAUGCAGACAGCCAUAGCGAAGUAGUCACUACCCCGCCAGAAUCUUGCAAUGAUUCACUCCAAAGUCGCUCAUCUCUGAAGCAAACGAUCGUGUCCGGACUUCCUCGUGAAAAGUUGGUUUUGGCAGAAAGUAUUAAAAAUGAGGGUACUUUUGAAGCUGCUCGUAUCACAAGUCAUUGUGGCAGUGAUAAUGUCAAAGACAUUAAAGGCGUUCCUUCUGCUGGUCCUAAAUCUUCUACACUUGAACCUAAAUUUAAGCAUAACAACUUGGAUAAGGGGAAAGAUGUUGCCAAUGAUCAUUCUCAGUUUAAAUCUAAGCAAACAUCUGAUUCACGCGAACCUUCUAAUGCAACGUUGCCGGUGAGUGAGGCUGAUGAAGAAAGAAAUGCGGCUAAGACAACACAAUCUUCAAUCCAGAAUAUUGAUGGCAGUGCCAGAGACAUUGUCGAGUCCUGCAAUGUUGCUACCCUUGAAUCUGUUGAAAAUAAUUCAGGCAAACUACAAGAAGGAUCCAACCAGGGCUCUCAGUUUGAGCAGAAAACAAUGACUGUGAUGCGGGGUGGUGAAUUGGUGCAGGUUAGCUACAAGGUCUAUAUCCCUAAGAAAACCCCUGCCUUGGCUAGAAGGCAACUAAAGCGAUGAUCUUAUGUAGAGUUGUUUGUGGUUUCAUUCAUGAACUCUUAGAACUACAUCAAUUUUCAAUUAGCUAUAUUUCGUUUAAGUGACUUCGGAGGUACGCCGAAAGUAGUCUGUUACACAAAUAACGGUGCAACCAUUGCAACACAGAACAAUCUUUUCUGUUGAAACAUGAAGAGAUUGUGCGCAUCUACUUUGUGAUGCUCCACUUGGAAUUUAGAGCAAGUGUUUCAGUGAAUGUAUUUUGGAAAUGGAUUGAGGAUUUGGAUUAAAGAUCAAAUGAUUCACAUUUUGUUUUUGUGUAUUAAACCUGUUUUGCAAUGCUGGAAUUUUCUUACAGGUUUAUAGACUUUUGAGUAACUUCAAGGGCUGCUUCCCAAGAGUGGAUAUAUGACAUUUAUAAGUUUGUUUAUAGUAAUGUAUUGACUAUUUUAUGCAAAAAUGAGUAACUUCUCAUUUAACUA